AGCAACAGGUACUUCCUGCAGUACGCCAAACAAAACGGCAAGGAAUGUUACGAAAUGAAAAUGGUUUUUGGUGUCAAGUUUGAUCCUCCCAGGCCGACUGUGUUGUUCUUCCAAGGCCAGAUCGUUCAGGCACAGGGCAUUGCGGUCCAGCUGCUGAUUAACGCCCAAGUGGAAGACGCCCUGGGCGCAGAUUUCGCCGUCGAGACGGGUGUGACGUUGUACGAGCGGCCAGUGGAGAGGGCAAGGUCGACCUUCGAGUACCAGACUAUGCUGGGGAUCAGCUUCGCCAUGGCCUUUAUCCCAGUCUUGUUCAUCAAUAGUCUCAUCUCGGAGCGGGCAACAGGCGCCAAGCUCCUACAAGAGAUGAGCGGCGUCCACCCCCUGGCCUACUGGCUGGGCACGUUCGCCUUUGACUUCCCGGUGUUCCUGAUGGUGGUUGCGCUGAUCAUCUGCGCCCUGAACGUCAACCCCUACAUCUUCAUCAUGAACAACCGCUGGCUGGUCACCUUGACCCUGGCCACGGUCUACGGGCUGGCGACCUUCCCCUUCCUCUACUUCCUGCAGAACUCUUUCACGACGCCGUCACGUGGUCUGCUCGUCAUCCUCAUCGUUAACAUCGUCAUCGGUAUCGCUAUUGGCACAGUGAUUGGUUUUUUCAAGCUGGGGGGCGUGGCCAUUAAGGGCCAUUGGGCCGUGUGGGACCAGGUGUGUAGUUUCGUGUCCCCCAACUACCUGCUGUCUGGGAUGCUCAUCGUCAUGAUGCUGCAAGUACCGUAUGAUGCCGUUGAUGGCUUCCAGUUUCUCUUCUCACGCGAUCACAACUUCCUGACAGAAAACAGCUACAAACUUUUGUGUCAGGCGGCCGUGGCCUGGGUGUUGGUCAUCUUGCUGGACUACAAGGUCCAUAGGUCAUUCUGGUACUUGAUCGUGUGGCUCUUGAGGCGACCGUUAAAAAAAUGGACGGGUCAUCCAGACAAAACCCCGUUGGAGGAGGACAGUGACGUCACAAAGGAGAGAAAACGGGUGAAAGACACGCAGAAGGAAACAUUACUACAGACUGAUGCCCUCCUGAUGGUGGACCUCCAAAAGACCUACUGCCAUCUGACGUCUUGCAAGCCCGCGGUUCACCCGACAAAUCUGGGGAUUCCCGACAAGGAGUGUCUGGGUCUGCUGGGCAAGAACGGUGCCGGGAAGACAACUCUAUUUAAAAUGCUGACGGGUGACCUGAGCAUCACCAAAGGAAACGUCUACAUGAAAGGGAAAAACAUAAAAACGCACUUAAAAACCGUCCAGUCUAUGAUGAGUUACUGCCCCCAGUUUGACGCCCUCCAUGACGUGUUGACAGGACGAGAGACCCUGUACCUGUACGGCAGGUUGAGGGGGGUGCAGGAGGGCAGCCUGCGUGAGGUGACCGAGACCAUCAUCGACUUCAUCACACUGAGGCCUCACGAGGACAAGUGCACAUCACACUACAGUGGCGGCAACAAGAGGAAGCUGUCUGUUGGUAUAGCAAUCAUCGGCAACCCCCACUUCAUCAUGUUGGACGAGCCGACAGCUGGUCUGGAUCCGGUGUCCAGGAGAAGUCUAUGGCGGUGUCUGCAUAUGAUCAGGUCAGCUGAGAGAACACUGGUGCUGGCGUCACACAGCAUGGAAGAAUGCGAAUCUCUGUGUACACAGAUUGCAAUCAUCAAGAACGGAAACAUUCUUUGUCUGGGCAGUUCUCAGCACUUAAAAACCAAAUUCGGUCAAGGCUAUUCAGUCUUCUUGCACGCGCAACAACGAGAGGGCGGGAGUUUGACGCCCUUAGAGCCAGCUGUUGAGUUCAUUAUUGAUUGUAUUGGCACGGAGGUCAAGGUGUUUAACGCCCAACCCUCCUACUACCAACUGCAGGUGCCCGAGAGCACACGCCUGUCCAGACUGUUCAGGAUUUUAGUCAGCGCCAAGAAAAUUUUUGACUUCCGCCACUUCUCAGUCCAGCAGACGUCCCUAGAGCAGGUCUUCCUGCUGCUCAUGAAGGAACAGACAGCACCUCAGCUAGCACCAAAGAAUAAUGUUUGUUGUCAUCUCAGCUAUUAAAUGUCAUUUGUUUGUUGUCAUCUUAGCUAUUAAAUGUCAUUUGUUUGUUGUCAUCUUAGCUAUUAAAUGUCAUUUGUUUGUUGUCAUCUUAGCUAUUAAAUGUCAUUUCAACAAAACCUGCUCUGAACAUGUAUUUGUUGUCAUCUCACCUAUUAAAUGUCAUUUCAACAAAACCUGCUCUGAACAUGUAUUUGUUGUCAUCUCACCUAUUAAAUGUCAUUUCAACAAAACCUGCUCUGAACAUGUAUUUGUUGUCAUCUCACCUAUUAAAUGUCAUUUGUUUGUUGUCAUCUUAGCUAUUAAAUGUCAUUUCAACAAAACCUGCUCUGAACAUGUAUUUGUUGUCAUCUCACCUAUUAAAUGUCAUUUCAACAAAACCUGCUCUGAACAUGUAUUUGUUGUCAUCUCACCUAUUAAAUGUCAUUUCAACAAAACCUGCUCUGAACAUGUAUUUGUUGUCAUCUCACCUAUUAAAUGUCAUUUCAACAAAACCUGCUCUGAACAUGUAUUUGUUGUCAUCUCACCUAUUAAAUGUCAUUUCAACAAAACCUGCUCUGAACAUGUAUUUGCUUGUGUACAACUGCAUUCAAACAUGUACAAGACCUGUUGGUGUAGGACCAGAUGUGUUAAACUCAAGCUCAGUUUAGCU